GCUCCUCACCACGGCCUCGACAAAGGACCCAAUAUAUCGGACAAUAGAAGACCAUCGGGACGUGCUCCUCAGUGACAUCAGCUUGGAGGCGGCACGCUACGACAUUGACGACGACUGUGACGACCGCAACGACGCGUGUGAUAUCCUUUCAAUAGAUUCCCCGCCCCAACCUCGGCACAACCGUUCCGACACAUUCUUCAUAAAGAAUACACUCCCCCACAUCCUCACAAGCCGGGGACGCAGGCAGGUCGACGAUGAGGCCUGCUCCUCCGCCCAAGCCAUCGCACCUCUCUGUGGCCAUAACGGGCACGCUUUCCUCGGACGCUUUGAGGACCUAUAUCCGCAAGCAGAGCACGCAGACCAUCAACAGCGGCAAGGCGCCUACUCCGUCGACCAUUCGGCGCUUAAUGGACGCGAGAGAUCGGGACCAGGACGAUGACACAAACGGCUAUGAAGACGACGACGACGACGACGACGACGACGACGACGAAAAUGUGCGGUGGGGCACGGCCAAGGCAGCCAUCACGCCAAUCAAGCCAGCUUAUGCAAAUCUAGCCGACCUCUUCUCGCCCGCCCAUGGCGAGCAACAACGGCAGCAGCAUCAAACGAGGGCCGCAAUGGCUUCGACUUCGAGUCAAGCGACCCUGAAGGCUACGAAUUCGUCUUCGAUAGGCGGCACGGGCUCGUUCAGAACGGCGAGAGGCGGCUCUGAGAACGGCAAUGGCCAGAGAUUCUCAGCUCUGGGUGAGGAGGAGAUGGAGGCAGGCAUCCUCAUCGAGGACUGCGACGUCUCGACUUUCCGCCUUUCGAAGCCAAGGAGCAGGGCCGUGCUUCCGGCGUCGUCCGUGUUCGACAUCGAAAGAUCGCGAGAACCUUCGGUUGUAUCCAAUGCUGCCUUCUUCCAUGAUGACAAGAGCAACCCCGUUGCUGGGGGCCAGCUCAUGCAUGCGCGAGAUGGUAGUAGAUUCGAGCGGGCGGGCCCGUCGACGAAGUCACCAGUGGCAGCGCAGAAUUCUGAGCUCCCAGAGCCAGCAGCGAACACAGUACCCUCACGCCAGAAAAACUUGCUGGUCGCUGGGCCACCACCACCAAGACCGAGCAGUAUGGUCUUUGCCCCAAGUCAGGACGAAGGUUCUGCAGACGACCAAGCAAAGGAUGCCCCGACACCCGAGAUUUGCGAGCCACCAGCUGCGGGCUUGAAUGCAGGGUCAAGCCAGGUGACUCAAGGAGGUCGCUCUGCCAGGGCAUUGUACGCCUUUGCGGGCGAGGCUCAUUUCAACGAGCUCGGCUUGAGAGCUGGCCAAGUUUUCGAGAUCCUAAACGAGGACAUUGGCGGGGGCUGGAGCUUGGCAGCCCUUCAAGAGGACGCGGGCCAUUGGACCAAAGGCCUCGUUCCCAAGGGCUGGUACGCAUACAUUCAGGACUUCACCUUGUCUCCUCCCACCGUCGAGGCUAGGAAGUCUUCGGAGCCGAGCCCCAUGUCACUCGACCUCGAGGGUCCAAAGACGCCGCAGGGCAAUUCUCACGUUGGCUCCAGCCUGCACACUAUGUCGCCCUCGACCUCGUCACAAGAGCCCGCUCACAGCCGCAACGAUUCCUACCUCAGUCCUGUACAGGACUGGGACCGGGGCCGCCCUGCCUCUGGAAUUGGCGAGAUGUCCGGCAGCAGGCUUGGCGCCAUUCAGGCGCUCAAUAUGGUCAAAAGUCGCUCCGAGGGAUCCCAAGUGAGGACGCGAGAGACGCAGGAAACCAUUUCCCCUGCCAACUCUACCUCGUCGCUGCCUGUCUCCGAGUCAGGUGACACACUGGCGAGCCAUGCAAGCUCCAUGGCGGAGGGCGCUGCUCCAUUGGUCACACCAGCAACAACGCCUGGCUCGCCUGCUCCCAUGAUGCACAGAGAGGGCUCCAAGAAGAAGGCCACCUUGCUGGGAGGACGGAGCAUGAACCGCUUUUCGCCUUUCGUCGCGACUGGCGUGGAGGACUAUAUCCUCUUUGGUUCCAAGGCCAAAAUCGAACAAGCAGACGGGGAGACAGCGCGGCAGAAACAAUUUGACAUUGUGACAAGCCCACAAGGAGGGCCGACCUGGAAGUCGCCCGGAUUUGGCAUCUACGUAGAGAUACACACUCCAGAGGUCCAGGUCGAUGAGCGAGGUCGUGAAUACAUCGCCUUUGUCGUUCACGCUUCUUACACCUUCUUCUCUGAAAGGGAGCAGCAGGACGACAUCGGCCUGUCGGAAGAUCCCAUGGCUGAUCCGACGCAAAGACCAGCAAGCCCAACGUACAUGUCGAGUGUCUAUCGGCGCUAUAACCACUUCAAGUGGCUCUCUUCGCAUCUCAGUCGCGUCUACCCGUUCUUCGUCCUGUCUCUUCCUCCACUACCGUCAGCCAACCACGUCGCAGGCAAGGCACAGCGAUUUGAAGCAUCUUUCGUGGAGAAACGGAGGAGAGAGUUACAAGCUUGGCUCGUCAGCGUCGUCCGACACCCAAUCCUGAGGACCGAUGAGGCUGUCCGCUUCUUUCUCGAGACGGAGCACGACGGCGAAGAGUGGGCACAGGGGGCAAAGCAGAUCAACCAGCGCGCUGCAGCGGCUUUUACCACCGAUGUCUUUUCGAAGACGCUUCAUCCUCUCUUUGGUGUCGACUCGACCGAGGCAGCCAUCGAGGCCAGACAGGUUGCCGCCUUUCUCUCGACGUAUGAAAAGGCCAUGGGCGCUGACGGGACAGCACCUCGUGGCGGGGUCCUUGGCUCCUGGAGAGACAUGCGCGAGGGUGGCAGGAUCUCUUCGGACAACUAUCGCAACCUGUCCUAUGCUCUGCUGCGCAUGAUGACGGGUACAGCAUUAGGAGCAGGGACGCGACCGGCUGCUUCCAACGGCUCGGCGCUGGGUAGUGGCGUCUUUCCUCCCAUGGGCAACGUAGGCAGGCGAGAUGAGCACGGUGCGACAAACGAGCAGAGAGCGUGGUGCUGGAGGGAUGGCUGUGGCGAGUGCAAGUCGCUGACAAAGGCGCUUCAAGGCACCGUCGACGCGCUUCAACAGGUCGCCGACCUCUACGAUGGACAUGCCCACGGCGUCCUGCACGACGAGCACGACCGCCUCUGGAACCUCUCCAAGGCCCAGUCUCAGCACGCUUCUCUCUUGGAGAUUCACAAGGCCACCCUGGCAAAGUACCGCGAAGCCACUGGUGAGCCUGACCCGCUCGCUGAGGCAGAGGGCAGCCAAACGCUGUCUUCAGAAACGGCAUCGACAGACGAGCAAAUGGCCACCCGCUGCGAGACAGUGCUCAACAUGACGAUGAGCGAGGUCGACCGGGUCCAUCGGCAGCGAGUGGAAGACUGGAACGGCGUUGGCCGAUCGAUGCUGGAUGGCCAGAUCGCGCUAUAUGAGGACGUGCUCCACACGCUGCGAGAGGCCCGUACCAGGUUCGAAGAAGAGACAAAGAAGACGUCUGCAUCUGAAGCUACAACGACGGGAGAAGAACGAGUGCCAAUCUUGCCCUCUCCGUUUGAAAUGGAGCUCGGCAACCCGGUGCAGAGCGCGCCGCUCAACCUGCCGAGCGCGAUGCUGAUGCAGCCUAGCAAGGCCGUGAGGCCCGUCUCGCUCGCGGGCGAGGUCCUCUCUGACCUCUUUGGUGGGGCAAGCGCUUUUAGAGGACCACCAACAAAGACGUCUUCAUCACUCGGGCAGAUUGAUGAGUCGGGCAGCGGCCAUUCCCAGCAGCACGAGUCUGGUAGCUCCAUGUACUUUACAAUUUGGCGAUGAUGAUCGUAAUGACUAUUGUCAGAGUCUUUGCCCGUCACCUGACUUGUCCAGUGACCGCACAGAUGGGGGCUGGUGCGAGGCAGGCGACGGAAGCGCCGGACCGACGAUGAAAGAGCUCCUAGACUUGCAUGCCUCGCUAGUGCGUACCGCCGCACAAGGAGCGACUAGCGCGACACACACCGCCGCACGACGGGCAGCCAGCCGAUCGUGAUGCCGAUUAUAUAUUAUAAUCUCUAUUGACUCCGUGAAA